AUGGCACGCCAACCUCGACGCCACCCGAAAUUGAAAGCCGUACCCAUCGGUUUGAAAAUACCGGGAUACCUAUCCACAUACACAUAUGGAGAAGCCGUGCACGACUUGGCCACAAAUAUCGCGUUCGGGACGCGUCCUACAGGAGAAGCAUACACGCUCACUCAUACACGGGCUAGGAGGCAGGUGGUUUUUUUUUUUGGCGCAGUUGCUUGCUCGGCGCCUAUGAAUUCGAAUUCGGAAUGGUGGGGAAGCACAAAGUUAGAACUUGCCUCUCUGAAGAUACGGGAGAUCGCGGCAGAAGGUUGCCGUCAGGGGCGAUUGGAUGCGGUACGGUCCUGGAGACGUGGUGGUGAUCCCCCUGCAGGUGAUAAGAAGAGGGGGUGGUGGCGGAAGGUGGCGGAGUGGCUUAGGACAAAGUGGUGCGACGAUGGGGUUGGUAACAUACGAGGGCGAGCGAGGGGCGUUGUUGUAUUUCAGACGAAGAAGGAGGGUUUCGCCGACGGGCGUCCAUCGUUGCCCUGA